AUGGGUAAGAAGUCCAAACACGGGAAGAGUAGAAAGGACAAAUUCUACUUUCUGGCGAAAGAGACAGGUGACAUAGUGCUUCGCUUUUAUUUAGUAGGCUUUAGAGCUCGGUCCGCAUUCAAACUAAUUCAGCUGAACCGCCGAUUUAAUUUUCUCGGUUCAUCAAAAGUUUUAAUCGACCUUUGCGCAGCUCCUGGUGGAUGGAUGCAAGUAGCUGCAAAGGAGAUGCCUGUUGGAAGCCUAAUCGUUGGUGUUGAUUUAGUGCCAAUAAUGCCCAUACCAAAUUGUAAAUCUAUUGUUGCUGAUAUUACCACUGAGAAAUGUCGUCAGUUACUGAGAGCUGCAAUUCUUAACAAUAAAGCAGACGUUAUUCUUCACGAUGGCGCCCCAAAUGUCGGUACCGCAUGGACAAUAGACGAAUAUAGCCAAGCUGUUUUGUGUUUGAAGGCCUUCUCGUUGGCCACGGAACUCCUUCGCAAAGGUGGUUGGUUUAUAACAAAGGUAUUUAGAAGUCGUGAUUACGAGCCACUGAAAUGGGUCGUGUCUCAGUUCUUUCGUAAAGUAAAGGUUCUGAAACCUGAGGCCUCUCGACAAGAGUCAGCAGAAAUCUUUCUUGUUGGCCAAGGUUAUUUGGACCCCACAUCGAUUGACCCCAAAUUCCUUGAUCCAAAGCACGUCUUUGGCGAAAUAGAAGUUGUCAAAUCUCGAGAGACAGUGGUUGCAUCCCUCCUUAAGCAGACUACUAAGAGAAAAAAAGCUGAAGGUUACGAUGAUGAUAAAUUGUACAAAGAAACAUCUCUGUCAGAAUUUAUGAAUGCAGAUGAUCCUCUUCAGUGUCUGGCAAAAGCUAAUAAGAUUGUCAUCGAUCGGGAAGAUCUCUUGAAACAUCCACUAACACCUUCAUUUAUUCGGGAGUCUUUAUCAGACAUUAAAGUUCUUGGAAAAUCUGAAAUUCGGGAUGAGAAAAAAGAAGAAACAGCGAACAGAUCUGCUGAUGAGGAAGAAGAAGUUCAACGUGAGGUCGAACGUCUUUUGAAAGAUGAACAAAAAGCUACUAAAAAGCGCCUCAAGACCAUUCGUAAGGCCAGGCGCAAAAUUGCAGAACGCAUCGUCCUGAAGAUGGAGCACCCAGGAGAUGUGAUUGAGGAAAAUAGUGCUGGCGAACUCUUCUCUUUAGCUUCUAUUGGUGGUCGCGAUCUCAAACGCUUGGAAAGAGAAGAGGCACGACUAAUCGCUGAGACUGGUCAUUCGGCGUCCGAUCUACUCGUUCUGAAUGAAGAGAAGGCCCUUAAACGGAGACUUCUACGCAAAAGAGCCGACGACUUCCGACGCGCUGUUGAGGGUGGCGAGUAUCUGCACUUUGAUAGAAAUGCGGAACACGAAAUUGACCUUGGCGCUCUUGAAUCAACUAGACCCAUCAACCCACAAGGGCGCGAUGACCUUUAUUUAAGUUCAAGUGACGACGAAGAUACUCGAGAAAACCUCGUUUUCGAAAGUGAUGAUGAUGGUGAUAACUCUGGUUCUCUUGAGUCUGACGAUGACAGCUUCGGGGGCGGUCGGAUAGAUGACGAUAUGUACGCUGAGGCACUGGCUAACGCGGAUUCGCUUAAAACAAAAAACCAUGUCUCCCUUCUUACCGAUCUGGACCCUGAGGAUGAAGAGACUAAGAAAAGUCGGAAAAUCGAGUCGUGGUGUCAUUCAGCUGAACUUAAGCGACUGAUGGAUGCCGACGAGUCAGGCGACGAGGAGGAUGUAAAAUGGCAGGAUAAUGCUAAAGUCGGAAUUAGGAAACGCGUUUCGUUCGCAGAUGACCCCUCAAGUCCCGUAAGAAAAAAUAAAACCGAUGAAUCACAGCCAGAUGUGCCUUCCAGCGACGAAGAGGAGGUCCACCCACUUGUGACGAAAAGGCAAAAAAGAAUGAGGCGUCUUCGAAGACCUUUGACUGCUGAAGAAAGGGCUUUGGCCACAAAGCUAAUACAAUCGGCAAAGAGUCGGCGUGACCUUCUCGAGUGGAAUUUUCAUCGCUAUCGCUUUUUUGAAGACGAAUCCAGCCUACCUGAAUGGUUUGCAGAAGACGAACGAAAGCACAUGCGAAAGGCACCUCCCGUGGAGGACGUAAGCGCUCAUUACAGAUUACCAAUUCAAGGAAAGACACUGAAGAAAGCAGAAGAGGCAAAGGCGCGCAAGAGGAUAAAACUUUCCAAACGCCUCUCUUCUGUCCGCAAACGGGCCGAAAACCUGCCAGACGACCUCACAGAAAGAGAGGCCUGGAGUAAGAUUAAAUCAAUGUACAAAAAUGCGGGCCUCUUGAAGAAAAAACGACGACCAACAAAUUAUGUAGUCAACACUAAAGAUGGAGCGCGCAAUACUUCAAGAACUGCGCCUCGUGGAGCAAAAGUUAAGCUAGUUGACAGGCGAAUGAAGUCUGACCUCCGUGGACAAGCUAAAACCUCAGCGAAACGAGGAAGAAAAGGCAAUGCAGGUAAAAGGAGGGACAAAAGAGCUAAGCGCAGAGGAGCCCAAUAA